AUGGUCAAUGUCAAUGGCCAGUUAAUGUUACAAAACAAACCAUUUGUUGCAAAUCAAUUCUAUUUAAUUGAAUGGAAUGGAUACACUGACCCUCAGAUCGCAUCGCCACCCACCACCGGUGGUUCCAUCGACAUCACCAAUCUCAAGGCUGACGAGGUGACCAAAAUCAAUUGGAACAUUGCAACCCUCACCGCCACCAUCAUUGACUCGACAGGAACUUCGACGCCUGCCACCAUCACCAGCCGUGGCCCCACCUCAAUCAAGGUGACCAUCCCACCAGGUUACAAGAGAUUCACCUUGUCCCUCGAUGAUACCAAAGGAAGGAAGUACUCGCAAUACGUUCACUACCAAUUGCCAUACAUCAGCACGUUGUACGCCCGUGGCUACACUGUUGGCUCAUCGGUGACCAUCACCGGAGGCAACUUUGGUACAACACCCGUUGAUCUCUCCAUCACCAUUGCCGGUGCAGCCUGUACUGGAUAUAAUGUGGUCGAGUCCUACACCACUGUUGCUUGCAACCUCGCCGCUGCCACAACAUCCUCACUCGCACUUCUCCCCAUAACCAUCGGUUACGGUCCCAACAACUAUGUUGCCUCCUAUCGCAACAACAUCCCUUUCUAUGACUUCAACACGAUGACUGUGAUCCGUGCUUGCGCUGACUGUAUGGGAAUCCCCAACGAUUUUGCCCAUUGGAUGGUUUAUUCGCCAGAAAUUGACUACAAUACGCCCUACUUUGGAGUGGUGAUCAACUCGGCCCAGUCCAAUGCCAUCGUCAGCAACUACAACCCUGGCACCAGGAAGCUAUGGGAGGGUUUGAGUGUCACCGGCCCACCCAACACUAUCGUCUAUGCAUCAGGAGGAGGUCCCUACGAGAGUGUCGUCGCCUACACGCCUUUCAACACGACACUCGGCGGAACCUGUGUGCCCACCGCUAUCUACUGUCCCGGUGACCCGAUAGUUGGAAGCACCAAGCUGAUCGCCUACGGACAGGAGAGUGGUGUGGGUAAGCAGUAUCCAAUCUUUGACGUGGAUGCAUUGCUUGGAGAGUUUGUUUAUUAUGGAGGCUACCGUCCAACCAAAGGAACAGACCUUGUCCUCAAGUUCGAUACAGCUGGAGGCCAGGUCGCCUAUACUGUAACAGGAUCAGUUGGUUUCAAGUUCACCAAACGAUCAUUUGUGAUGAGCGGCGUGACCUACACCUUCCCCAACGUGUACCAGACCAGUUUGAACGGACUCACCCUUGUGAUCCCCGCAGGCACUGGUGUCGACAUCCCCGUCACCGUCAACAUUGAGUCCUACUCGUUCACCAACGUCAAGGUCUCCUACAACCCACCAACGAUCACCAAGAUCUCGCCAGCCAUCACCUCCAUACCAGGCAAAGUCACCGUCAGCGGCACCAACUUUGGUCCAUCAGCCAGCAGCAUCACCGCCAAGCUCACACUCGGCGCCAACACCAACACGGUCACCUGCCGUAUUGCCACAGCGCACACUGCCCUCGAGUGUGACUUCCCAGGUGGCUAUGGCACUCAGACCUUCACAUUGAUCGUCGGCGGCCAGACCACCACCUUCACCUACACAUAUCAACCACCAGUGAUCACCGCCCAACCAACCAACAACGGAGAUGUCUUGGUUCUCACCGGAACUAGCUUUGGUACCGCGCUCACCAACAUGGCAUUGUCCAUCCCAACCGUCUCUGGCACUGCCACGCUCACCACCGUGUCCGACCCACAGACAUACACCGUCAAGGUCGCCACCACCUCCAAGAACGGUCCAAUCUUCACGACAGUCGGAGGCCAAACCAGUAACACUGUUUACAUGACAUACAAGCCCACCAUCACUGGAGUGACUAGUCUCUCCACUUCUGCCUCAUCGACCCUUACAAUCUCAGGCAGCUUCCUCUCGCUCACCCGUUCCAACUCAUCAAACUGUGUCGUGUCCAUUAUGAUUGACUCGAUUCCAUGCACCAUCCCAUCAAACCCUGACGCCUCUUCAAUCAUGUGUACCGCCCCAGCCAUCACCGGAUCGCACUCACUUGUCGUAACAAUCGAUGGCAAGGCCUCUGAUCCAUUCACCAUUGCCGCCCCAUUACCAACCAUUGCCAGUAUCCAGCAGCUUAGUCCAACGAUGGUCAUCACUGGAACAAACUUUGGUACCGUCGCCGCCAACGUGGUGAUCACACUCGGCACAUUGACCAUCACACCAUCCUCAGUAUCCAACCUCAAGGUCACUGCCACACUCCCAUCCUCUGCCACCAACGGCCCAUUGACAGUCACUGUCAGUGGCCAAGUCAGCAACGUAGUGUUCAUGACACUCAAACCCAUUGUUAAUGGCGUGUCUGGCGUCGCAACUGGUGCCCCCUCAAACAUUAUCAUCACUGGCAACUUCCUCUCGAUCAUCAGAUCCAACUCAUCCAGCUGUGUCGUGUCCAUCAUGAUUGACUCGACACCUUGCACCAAUCCAACGAACCCAGAUGCCACAUCGCUCCAGUGUACCGCCCCAGCCCUUAUCGGCGCACACUUACUCGUUGUCACCAUCGAUGGCAAGUCCUCUAGUGGCUUCACCUUUACCGCACCUCUGCCAACGAUUGCCAGUGUCCAACAGACUGGCCAGACCAUCGUCAUCACAGGCACAAACUAUGGUACUGUGUCAGCUUAUGCACCCAUCGCUUUUGGAACAUUGUCGAUCACACCUACUUCGUUCACCGACACCAAGAUCACGGCCACACUCCCAGCCGCCUCAACAAACGGCCCUUUGUCAAUCACGGUCGGUGGCCAAGGCAGUAACGCGGUGUUUGUGACACUCAAGCCAAUCGUCACUGGUGUGUCCGGUGUCUCAACUUCCUCAACUUCGAGCAUUAUCAUCUCUGGUAGCUUCCUCUCGAUCAUCAGAUCCAACUCAUCAAACUGUGUCGUGUCCAUCAUGAUUGACUCGACACCAUGCACCAGCCCAUCCAACCCAGAUGCCACCUCGCUCAAGUGUACCGCCCCAGCACUCACCGGCUCACACUCACUCGUUGUGACCAUCGAUGGCAAGUCAUCUGAUGCAUUCACCUUUGCUGCCCCAUCUCCAACAGUUGCCACUGUCCAACAGACUGCCGAUACCAUCGUCAUCACCGGAACAAACUAUGGUACAGUUGCUGCCAAUCUAGCAAUCACCCUCGGUUCGAUGACUAUCACACCAUCAUCAGUCACCGACACCAAGAUCACUGCCACACUCCCAGCUACCGCUACCAACGGCCCAGUGAAGGUCACCGUAUCUGGUCUCCCAUCCAACAUAGUGUCCUUCGCCAUUACACCAAUCUUUGUCUCGGCCAAUGCCAUCCCAACCAACGGAGGUGCCCUCGUGAUCACUGGAAAGUUCUUGAACAGUGUGGACUCGGCUAACAACCCACUCACGCAAACCGUCACUGUCGGUGCCAGCAACACACCAUGCACCGGUGCAGCCAUCACUCAAGGCAAUACCCAGCUGACCUGUACCGCACCCGCUGGCGUUGGCAUGAACAUUGCCAUCACCAUCACCAUUGGCCCCAAGUCCACGACAGGCGCAUUCAACUACCUCGCACCAUCCAUUACAAGCGUUAUCCAGAGCCCAACCGUCGCUCAGAUCACUGUGACUGGAACCAACUUUGGUCAACAGGCCACCGCCAUUGGUGUCUUCAUCAAUGGUGCCACCGUCCAGGCAUCGCCUUCACCGUCACAUACACCCAGAUCGUUGCCACAAUCCCAACGUCAUCCAAGAGUGAUGAUGUCUACGUCAUUGUUGGUGGACAGUCGUCCAACACGCAGUUCCUCAACCUCAUCCCAAUCUUGUCGACCGUUGGACAACCACCCGCCAUCGGAGGCAUGA